AACCAGGCUUAACGAUGUAUUAUCACACCCGUUAGAAGAAGGUCGCUCAUCAUGCUAUGGGGCCGCACAGAAUGUAUAAGGCGGCUUCCUUGCUGCAAUAACCAGUCCGCCAGAGGUACUUCGUUCUUUCGCUUUCACAACAUCCCUCAUUCUUUCUCCAAAUACAUCUCAAGAUGAAGUACUCUCUCGCCGCAGCCCUGAUUCUCCAGGGUACAACUGUACUUGGCAGCCUUCUUCCCGUUCACUUCAAGGCACCCAGCCCUUCCCACUUCCUCGACAUUGUUAACAAUGGCACAUACGAUCUGGGCUGCCGACCAAAGGCUGUCCCGCAUGAGGACGGCCAUUUUGAGCUUCAUGCUCUCUUGACUGAAGAGCAAAUUGCCCACCUGGAAAGGGAAUACGAGCGCUCGGGAGAGAUCUCUCUCCACCGACGUGACCUCAGCAAGAGGGCUGCCGACGCACCAAUCGGCACUGGUGACAGGUGGCAGGGUGGUGCCGUCACACCAUCUGGUCUCGGAACCAAAGCUGCGGGAUCAACAGUCAGCUCCAUCAUGAACCCUACCGAGAUCAACUCGGCAAUCAAGGGUCUCGUUAACGGUUAUGGCAUCAACACCCUUACUUUGCCAUACAAGACUUUCCAGGGUGCUACACAGACCGCUGGAUACGUUGGUGCUGGUACGGACAAGUCGCAGUACAAGCUCUACCUCAGUGCUGGCAUGCACGCCCGUGAGCGAGGUGGUCCCGAUCAGCUCAUUUACUGGAUCUCCGACUUGCUUGCUGCCAACAAGGCCGGAACCGGUCUCACAUACGGCAGGAAGACAUACACCAACGCCCAGGUCAAGAGCGUUCUCGCUGCCGGUAUCGUCUUCUUCCCUCUCGUCAACCCUGACGGAGUUGCCUACGAUCAAUCCUCUGGCUCCCUCUGGCGCAAGAACCGAAACACUCGUUCCGGCACAAGCGGCGCAUCUGUCGGUGUCGAUCUCAACCGUAACUUUGAUUUCCUCUGGAACUUCAAGAAGUUCUUCGACCCCUCCACCUCGCCUGCUUCCACCUCGCCCAGCUCGGAGGCUUUUUACGGCACUGCCGCCGCAUCUGAGCCUGAGACCAAGAACCACGUCAGCAUCUACGACAGCUUCCCCAAGAUUAGGUGGUUCAUGGAUAUCCACUCUGCUACUGGUGACAUUCUUUACAACUGGGGUGACGACGAGACGCAGUCCACAAACACCGCUAUGAACUUCCUUAACAGUGCUUAUGACGGAAAGAGAGGUCGUCUUGGCGACUCCACAUACAAGGAAUACAUGCCCUCUGCCGAUGUCACCGGCAUCAAGAGCGUUGCCUCCAAGACGGCUGCUGCUAUGGCCGCUGUAGGUGGACGUUCAUACUCAUCCAUGCAAUCCGUUGGCCUCUACGCCACUUCCGGUGCCUCGGACGACUACGCCGCCAGCCGUUCGUACGCCAAAUCCGGUGCUAACAAGGUCUUCGGGUUCACCAUGGAGUUUGGAUACGCGACCAACUUUUACCCCACUCUCACCGAGUUCAACCAGAACAUCCUUGACACCAAUGCUGGUUUCAUGGAUUGGGCACUUGCUGCCAUUGCUGUUGGAGUUAACUGAGGUGCGAUAUUGACGAAAGUGAUGCUGAAAUGAUGUGGCGAUGUGGCGUUUCUAAGGGCUCGGCGGAGAACCUGGUAUGAGGAUGAUUUGACUUCUAUGUAAAUACCCUUGUCUGCAUUUUCUAUUUUGAAAGGAUGAACAAUAAUCAAUAUUGCUACAAUAAGAGUUUGCACAUGUUGGAGGGUUUGGGAACUGGUCCGGCUUCGUGAGGUUUGAACACUCGAGUCAGUAAUGGUUCCUUCAGAUGAGAGAUUAUAUCUUCAUUAUCGCACAUGAAAACGUAUAGCUCCUCUCCCAGAUACUUCAAACUCCU